AUGUCUCUCUUGUUUUGGGUUUCCUACCAGAUUCACCAACUGGAUCAAGAUGUGCAUCACAUCUACUCGUUUACUAUCUCCCUUAAUGGGACUUUGGUGGGGUGCUUCAAAGGGGGAAAAGGUUUAAGGCAAGGUGACCAUUUAUCCCCUUAUUUGUUUGUUCUUGCUAUAGAAGUUUUCUCUAGGCUGAUGAAGGAGUAUACUAGAGAAGGAUCAGGUUUUAAGUUCCAUUACAGGUGCUCUCGAAUGAACUUAACUCAUCUCUGUUUUGUGGAUGACUUGUUGCUUUUUUAUGAUGCAAAUUUGUCUUCCAUCUCCAUCAUCAAAGCAGCUUUGAGAGAGUUUGAAUUAUUGUCAGGAUUAAAAGCUAAUCCUUCAAAGAGCUCUCUGUUUUGUUCUGGUGUUUCGGAAAGGAUGAAGAUCUCUCUUUUGUCUGAGCUGCAAAUGGGGAAGGGUCAUCUUCCAGUUCGUUAUCUUGGACUCCCUCUUAUAUCCUCUAAGUUGUCGGCUGCAGAUUGCAAAGUUCUCCAUGAUAAAAUUGUUGGCCGCAUAGAUUCAUGGUCUUCCAAAAAGCUAUCUUUUGCAUGA